UGUUUUCAGUUACUGUCCCACUUCUAAAGUCCAACAACAAAGUAAAAACCCUUUCUUUCUUUCUCUCUCUCUAGAAUCCAUCAAUGGCUUCACUCUCUCUCUUACGCCAAACCCAUUUCAUCUCCGCCACACUCCCAACCCGACCCAAACCCAAAUAUGCAUCACCACCAGGAAGAGUCCAAAUGUCCCUUCAACAAAACGCACCAACAAUCGCCGUCGUCGGAGUCACCGGCGCCGUCGGUCAAGAAUUUCUCUCCGUUCUCUCCGACCGUGAUUUCCCAUACAGUUCCAUCAAAAUGCUCGCAUCAAAACGCUCCGCCGGCCGCCAUUUAACCUUCGAGAACAAAGACUACGUUGUGGAGGAGCUGACGGCGGAGAGUUUUAACGGUGUUGACAUUGCUCUUUUCAGUGCUGGUGGUUCAAUUAGUAAAAAGUUUGGUCCUAUUGCUGUGGAUCGAGGUACCAUUGUUGUUGAUAAUAGCUCUGCGUUUCGAAUGGAUGAGAAUGUUCCAUUGGUUAUACCUGAAGUGAAUCCUGAAGCAAUGAAGAAUAUUAAAGUUGGAAUGGGAAAAGGUGCUCUUAUUGCUAAUCCUAAUUGUUCUACAAUUAUUUGCUUAAUGGCUGCUACACCUCUUCAUCGUCGUGCAAAGGUGUUGCGUAUGGUUGUUAGUACAUAUCAGGCUGCUAGUGGAGCUGGUGCUGCUGCAAUGGAAGAACUUGAGUUGCAAACUCGUGAGGUAUUGGAAGGAAAACCACCAACAUGUAAUAUAUUUAACAGACAGUAUGCUUUUAAUCUGUUCUCACACAAUGCGCCUGUUCUUCCAAAUGGAUAUAAUGAAGAAGAAAUGAAAUUGGUCAAGGAGACGAGAAAAAUUUGGAAUGACAAGGACGUUAAAGUAACAGCUACAUGUAUACGAGUUCCUGUCAUGCGGGCUCAUGCUGAGAGUGUGAAUCUUCAAUUCGAGAAUCCCCUUGAUGAGGACACUGCAAGAGAGAUUUUGAAGAAUGCUCCGGGUGUAGUGGUUAUUGACGACCGUGAAUCUAAUAACUUCCCUACUCCAUUGGAAGUGUCAAAUAAGGAUGAUGUUGCUGUUGGCAGGAUUCGCCGCGACCUGUCUCAGGAUGGGAAUCAAGGGUUGGACAUUUUUAUAUGCGGGGAUCAAAUUCGCAAGGGAGCUGCACUUAACGCAAUCCAGAUCGCCGAGUUGUUGCUAUGAGUUCUGAUAUGUCAAGAUUUUGGUACCCUAAAAUUAUGCUGCUUUUGAAUCAGUUUUGUAUUUGUAGUUGGAAGUGGUUAUUCUUUGGUUUUGUAAGGUUUAGCUAGUCGAGGAUUUUUCAAGGAUGUGGUUAUUCACUAGCUAGAACAAUUUUUUUUUUCUUUCACGGCCUUAAUUAUUUUUGCACUGACACUCUGUAGUCCGCUCCUGUGAGAAUAACAAUAGUUGGUUAUAUGGCAUUGGAAACA